GUUUUUUCUAUACACGAUAAAAUGGAUAUUUCACUAAGAAUUCAUACCUCUCACUUAUGAACAUUACGUUUGUACGUUCAUGUUCUGGUAACCCAAUUGACUGCAAAACUUGGUUUAGUUUAUAGCAGUUUCCAGGCUUUGCAGUUUAAAAGAAACUUAAACUGUAAAAAUAGAAAUACAUCACGUGGUCAAGAACACGUGACCUUCUCUUUCCCGAUAUCAACAACUGAUAAGGGGCGGCUAGAUGGUAUCAGCAACUACUCCAGUUCAAUCAGCAAACAUGAAUGCUUCAAUUGUUCCGGGAGAUGGUGUUGCCGACUUGAAACUAGGCCAAUCGCUAUAUGAGGUGGUUAACCACUUCACCAAGUUGAACCAGCAGCUCAAGAUAAGUUAUUCUUCAAAAGAGUACUUGGAUAACCCUAUAUUGGUUACGAUUCCAAAUUACGGUAUACGUUUGAUGUUUGAUAAUUAUUCAAAGCAAUCAUUGAUUUUAAUUGAGGCUACCGAUUUCAAUCAUAGUAAGUUUAGUUAUAAUGGACAUUUAUUGAAUGAAAUAAUCAUUAAUCAAUUAUAUGAUUCAGUUAAUUCAACCCCAGAUAAACCAAUCUAUAAAACAGAUAAAUCAGUUAUAAUACCAAAUUUAAAACAAAUCUAUAAUAAAACUUUUGGCCCUACUUACCCGGGGAAAUUAAAUUAUUCGAAACAAAUCUAUACUUUGAGUUAUCCAGGAAUUUCUUUUAAUUUUAAAAUUGAACUGAAUGAUUUAUUGUCAAAAGUAAGAGAUCUAACUGAUGAUAGUACUAUCUUAUCAAAACUUAUCAAUUGGAAUAAAGCUAGUGAUAUACCGGCUAUUAAUCUAGCUAUAUUCAAAGGUGAUAACUACUCAGAAUUUCAUGAAAAAUUAUUGGAAAAAAAAUCAAAACCUAUAGUGGACUUUAAUAAUUCUGACGAGAAAGAUGGUAUCAAAGUGUUGAAAGUAUUACCGAAUCAUAGAAUUAAGUUGAUUUUCAACUCGGGAUCCGAUCAUAUUAUCGAAAUCGGUAAAACAACUCAGCAAGAUAUCCUAACCAUUUUGGGUCCGCCAGAUGACUACUUCAACAAAUUUGAUUCAAGACUUUUAAUACAUAACCAUUUGAAAAACUUACAUUUCCCAAAUAACUCAAACUUGGGUAAUAAUGAUAAUUCAAUCUAUAAAUUCCAUAAUUAUUUCAAUCAUGGUUUAGAUUUUUUAUAUGAUUUGAAAUCAAAUCAAAAUAAUAAUACAGGAAUAUUAACUAAAGUCAUUAUACAUAAUGGUGGCAUAACCGAGUCUCUUGAUUUCAUGCGUUGGAACAAAUGUAAUUGGGAAUUAAAUAUCUGCGAUAAAACAAUUGAUUCUUCAACUUAUUUUAAUCAAAUCCCGCCAAAAGUUUUCCAAAAACUAAAUGAUACGAAAAAUCCAGUGCUGCCCAGUGACAUAAAACCAGUUUUACUAAAUAGAAACGAGUCCGAAUUCAUUGAUGACGAUUUAGAAGUUAUUCAAUCGGAUGAUCUUUUAAAAGAUCCAACCCAAACUAAUUCAAUUAGCUCUGACCAAUCUAACAACCAUAGAACUUGGGGCCAAUCAAAACUUUAUGGCUUCAAUGGCUGCAUUCUCGAAAAAAAUACUGCCACCGAAGUAUCAUGGGAAGAUCAACAAAAAAUCAACAAAUUCUCAUCAUUAAUAACCCAAAAGGACGAAUUGUCUGAUUUGGUUGGUAAAUAUAAAACUGAAAAAGAAUAUAUUGAAGAUUUGUCAAUGGAAAUCGAAUUAUUAGAUGAAGAUGAAAAGAUCCAAUAUAAAGUUGGAGAAGUCUUUGUGUUUAUGAAAGCAGAAAAGGCCACUAGUAGGAUUGAAAAAGAAAAUGAAAAAUUAGAUUUAAAAAUUAAUGAAUUUAAUGAUCAAAUUGAUGAAAUUGAUGAGAAGUUAAAUACUUUAAAGAAAAGUUUAUAUGCCAAGUUCGGCAACAACAUAAACCUUGAACGUUAA